AUGUCAAAGCUACAGCGCGUAACAGGAGAUUGUGGUGGAGUUAUCACAGACAACUCCGGUCCAAGCAAGCAACCUACCGGUAUGGUACAGAAGUUUAGAGUCGCCUUGGGGCGAACUGAUAUCGAGAAUACCUUGCUAGUGCCUGCGACAUGGCCUGCCGAACCACAAACUACCCUCGAGUCUCUUCUUGACCAAUGUGAUCGCUGGAUAAAGUUCUGUGAGCAUUGGGACCCCGAUGAUUUUGUCAUGCACCAGUGGUCUAAGUUGAGGUUCAUUGUACUGCAGCUCCACCAACUGGGAGUCAUACCGGAUAGCAACAAAUUUCAUUUCUGUCAUACGGACCUUGUAGCACACAAUAAUCUGAUUGAGAUAGUUGAUCACUCGAAUGUGCGUAUUACCGGGGUACUUGACUGGGACGCUUCUUUUGUAUACUUUGUCCAAAGUUUGUCGCUUACUCAGCGCCAUACGAUCUGCGGGUACAUGGAGAUGGAUACGAAUGGAACGAGACCAACCAGCAAUGAAUGGAAGAAGUACGCCACACAGCCUGAAUACUUAAUUGCGCGACGAAUAUUCGAGAUUUUCAAAAGAGGCGCAUCCAGUGCAUGUGACUACCAGGACAUGGACGAUGUUAUUGCUGAUUGGCAAGAGAUUCACUUCGAUGAGGCGCUAAACAAGUUUUCUCUGUCGGACCCCGACACUGACAACGACAGUGAGUACAGUGGUCAGUCUGAAGACAGUAGCGACAGCGAUGACGAUGUUGAAGAUGAAUGA